CGGCGCGGCCUGGGGGGCGUUGUUCCCUUGGCUCCUUGGCGCCACUUUCCGUAUACCCCGGCCGCUGCCUAUCUGCAUCUGGGAAUCUGAUCUCCUCUCCAGGACCCGAGACCCUCAGUCCACUCCUUCUAGGGCUCCAGUACCCAAGCUGUCCGAGAGCCAGGCGCCCUAGCCCUGAGAUCCCGGAUUCCGGUCACCGGAGCCAGGCCUCCCGGAUCUACGCCACCUGGGUUGAGUUUCUUGAAGACCUCAGCCACCUGAGCGCCCUCGAUCCUUUCCCGAGUCAAAGAUUCCCUCACCACGUCCUGGGCUGAAGAACUGUCCUCUCCGCCCCCAACAACAAAAAAAGAAAAGCAACUCAGGCGCUCUCAACUUCCAGUUUUCGGGGAUUCGAUACCACCGGGAAAAGUAAAGGGAUCUCGGCGCACAGCCUUGGGAGCUUAGGACUCUCCAGCCUCUGAGAGCCGGUGGACGCACCACUUCAAGGACCGCUGCAAAAUUUCAGCCUCCACUCCGUCCUAAGGACGUUUGCACUCAAGUCUCUAGGCGCGUAAGGAACCCCGAACUGAGGCUCACUAUGGCAGUGGAUCCCCCUAAGGCCGACCCCAAAGGGAUGGUGGCGAUGGAUCCCACCCCGAAUGGGGGUCCAGCUCUGGGCUCCAGAGAGGACCAGGGCGCGACAGCAGGUGGCUGCUGCAGUUCUUGGGACCGGGUACGCCGCUGCCUUCGCGCCAACCUGCUGGUUCUGCUCACCGUGGUGGCUGUGGUGGCCGGCGUGGUGCUCGGUCUGGGGGUCUCGGCGGCGGGCGGUGCUGAAGCGCUGGGCCCCGCGCGCUUGGCCGCGCUCGCCUUCCCGGGAGAGCUGCUGCUGCGUCUGCUGAAGAUGAUCAUCCUCCCGCUCGUGGUGUGCAGCCUGAUCGGAGGUGCAGCCAGUCUGGACCCCAGCGCGCUCGGCCGCGUGGGCGCCUGGGCGCUGCUCUUUUUCCUGGUCACCACGCUGCUGGCGUCCGCGCUCGGCGUGGCCUUAGCUUUGGCACUGAGGCCGGGUGCCGCCUUUAUCGCCAUCAACAGCACGGUCGGAGACACUGGUGUCGGUGUCCACAGUGCACCCACCAAGGAGGUGCUGGAUUCCUUCCUGGACCUCGCGAGGAACAUUUUCCCCUCCAAUCUGGUGUCUGCUGCGUUCCGCUCUUAUGCUACCUUGUAUGUGCCCAAAGACGACCCAAAGACGUGGGUAAUACAGCAAAUUGCCUCCUGUCCACAAAGAGAGAUCAACGCAACCACGGUCCAGCUGGGCUGUGAGGUAGAAGGCAUGAACAUCCUGGGCCUGGUGGUGUUCUCCAUCGUCUUUGGUGUGGUCCUGAGGAAGCUGGGACCUGACGGCGAACUUCUCAUUCGUUUCUUCAAUUCCUUCAAUGAUGCCACCAUGGUCCUGGUCUCCUGGAUUAUGUGGUACUCCCCCGUGGGCAUCCUGUUCCUGGUGGCCAGCAAGAUUGUGGAGAUGAAAGACAUCCGCCAGCUCUUCAUCCGCCUCGGCAAAUACAUCCUGUGCUGCCUGCUGGGCCACGCCAUCCACGGGCUCCUGCUGCUGCCUCUAAUCUACUUCAUCUUUACCCGCAAAAACCCCUAUAGAUUCCUGUGGGGCAUCAUGACGCCGCUGGCCACAGCUUUCGGGACCUCUUCUAGCUCUGCCACCUUGCCCCUGAUGAUGAAGUGCGUAGAGGAGAAAAACGGCGUGGCCAAACACAUCAGCCGGUUCAUCCUGCCCAUCGGCGCCACGGUCAACAUGGACGGGGCGGCACUGUUCCAGUGUGUGGCGGCAGUGUUCAUCGCGCAGCUCAAUGGGGUGUCCCUGGACUUUGUGAAGAUCAUCACCAUCCUGCUCACAGCCACUGCAUCCAGCGUGGGGGCUGCAGGCAUCCCGGCAGGGGGCGUCCUCACCCUGGCCAUCAUCCUGGAAGCAGUCAGCCUCCCUGUCAAGGACAUCUCCUGGAUCCUGGCCGUUGACUGGCUAGUGGAUAGGUCCUGUACCAUCCUCAACGUGGAAGGCGAUGCUUUUGGGGCCGGGCUGCUUCAGACUUACGUGGAUCGUACGAAGACACCAAGCUCGGAGCCGGAGUUGAUCCAGGUGAAGAACGACGUGUCUUUGAGUCCACUGGCCCUCACCAUGGAGGAAGGGAACCCCCUCCUCAAACAGUACCCAGGACCUGCCGGAGACGCCGCUGCCACGUGCGAGAAGGAAUCUGUCAUGUGACUCUCAGGAGGCACUUCCUGUGCCCUGC